GGCUGGGUCCGGGUCCCGGCCCCCAGCGGGGCAGUGCCGGGGCUGGCUGGCGGCUUGGCCGGCUCGGGCACUGGCUGCGCGGCGUCUCUGUGUCCGCCCGCCCGCUCCGCCGUGCACCGAUGCGGCUCCCCGGCUGGAGCCCGGCCGCCCUCCUCCUCGCCGCCUGCCUCUGGCGGCUGCCGCCGGGCCGGGGCGCUGCAGGAACAGAAGAGGUGAUCAUCGGGGAGGCCGGAGAGAGCGUCGUCCUCUUGUGCCGAAAUGUGUCUGAGCGAGCGGACGAGGUGGACUGGUUUCACGGUGACCCUGGCACCGUGCCCCCACUCUUCUCCUCCAACGCCAAGCUGCCCCAAGAUGCCCGCUUGUCCCUGGUGGACAAUAGCUCUCUGCACAUCUUAGCGUUGCGCCCGCAGGAUGAGGGCAAUUACACCUGCAAGGACGUGCUGAAUGAGAUAGUCCGAGAGCACAGAGUCCAGCUCCUGGUAGCCAGUGGCCCCAGCAACGUGUCUGUCAGCAUCUCCCCUGCCGCAGCACUGCCCAAUGGCACGGUGUACGUAGACAAACGCGACACUGUGAUGUUCAGCUGCACUAGCAGCUCCCAUCCGGAGCCCACCAUGACGUGGACUUUCCAGCUGCCCAGUUCGGCCCCAGAAACGUUUACUGAAGUCAAUGGCUCCUCCACCGUCUACACCCUGCAAAAUCUAUCCUCACGCUUCCAGGGGAACUACUCGUGCACAGCAAGGAACCCUCUCAGUGGCAGAAGUCGGACAUCAACCAAGGAGCUCCUGGUCUACUAUCCCCCGCUGUCGGUCCCAAGGUGUUGGGCUCAAACUGCCCAAGUGGGGUUGAUGCUGCAGUUGUUUUGUAACUGGCCCGGGGGAUACCCGCACCCCGUCCUCCAGUGGACAGAAGAGGGGCGAGACCUGGAGAAUUCGAGCUGGGUCGUUAAUGCAACAGGCACCGGGGACACCCACGUGGAAACUCUGAGCAGCUCUCGCCUCUUCCACGGGAAGGUGUUCAAGUGUGUCGGGAGCCACAUCCUAAAGCAGGAGGAAGAGCAGCCAACCUGCACUGUGCAGAUAAAAGCCCCUUUGCUGGCGACGGAGCCACUGAAGACCUGCUUUGUGGGUGGCACCGUGUCCCUCACGUGCCAAGUGAUGGAGAGCAAUCCCUCUGCGAGAAUCAGCUGGCUUCGGAAUGUGUCCCAGCCUGAGGUGGAGAUCCAGUCUGGUGGGAGGUACCUGGUCACCCAAGAGGGCAGCGUCUCCAAUCUCACCAUUCAGAACUGCUCCCACAACGCUGACGAAGGCUACUAUGUCUGCAAAGCCGAGAACCCCGUGGGGCUGAAGGAAGCCUACGUUUCCCUCACUGUGAAGAAGCCGGUGAAUAUAGUCGGGGUGGUGGGAACAGUCGUGGUCCUGCUGCUGCUGGGAAUUCUGGUCAUCGCUGGAAUCAUUUUGUACUACAACCCCCUCCUGUGCCUGAAAGGCAGCAUAUUCAGGAAUCAAGACUCAAAUGAUGUCUUCGUGCUGGUGGAUUCAGAUGGAGAAGAAGAGGAGGAGGAGGGGCAGGAAGAAGAAGCGACUGGCAAGUCCAAUGUGCUUCGAGUGACGGCCCUGGUGAAUGGGAACAGCACCCAGGCUGGUUAUGGCCACCAUUUUACUGAGAGUGACAUCAGUGAGCUGCACAGUGAGCUCUCAACAGAGGAAGUGGAGAGUGAAGAGAGGCCAGCUACGCAGAGGCAAAUUCUCCCUUUUCUUGAUGAAAUGGGUGGAACUGUGGGUGGAAGUUAAACUUCAAAUGCAUCAUUGAUAUGUGGCUGCAUCUAGGCUGUUAAAAUUCCUGCAGUGGGAUUGGCCUGAUCUGGUUGUUAGUUUCUUUCUUCCCUCGCCCCAGCCCUGUUUUUCAUUCUUUCGUUUUGUUUAUUCUUUCAUCUCAUACAGUUCUUUUUUUCUCUUUCUUUCUGGCUAUUUCUUCCCUUCUCUCAAGUUUUCUUGUUAAUAAGAGGAAGUGCAGAGGCAGACAGAGUUCAGGAGGAACGUGUCUCUGCUUCAAAAGAUCUUGUCCCGUGGGUAUCCUCUUCAUCUCUAAGCCUGCCGCUGACCGUGUCCGGGACACGUGUGGAGUUAACAGGAGGGCAGUUCU